GCGCUGCGGGGCUGCCCGGCCGCCGCGGGGCCGCCAUGCCCGCCAAGUCCAAGUAUAACCUGGUGGACGACCGGCACGACCUCCGCAUCCCCCUGCACAACGAGGACGCCUUCCAGCACGGCAUCUGCUUCGAGGCCAAGUACAUAGGCAGCCUGGAUGUGCCGCGGCCAAACAGCAGGGUGGAGAUUGUGACAGCCAUGCGGCGGAUCCGGUAUGAGUUCAAAGCCAAGAACAUCAAGAAGAAGAAGGUGAACCUCAUUGUGUCAGUGGAUGGUGUGAAGGUCAUUCUGAAGAAGAAGAAGAAGCUUUUUCCCUUGCAGAAAAAAGAAUGGGCCUGGGACGAGAACAAAAUGCUCGUCAUGCACGAUCCCAUUUACAGGAUAUUCUAUGUGUCCCAUGACUCGCAGGACCUAAAGAUCUUCAGCUACAUUGCCCGGGAUGGGUCUAGCAACGUGUUCAGGUGCAAUGUCUUCAAAUCCAAGAAGAAGAGUCAAGCCAUGCGCAUCGUGCGGACAGUGGGACAGGCGUUUGAGGUCUGCCACAAGCUGAGCCUGCAACACACCCAGCAAAAUGCCGAUGGGCAGGAGGACGGGGACAGCGAGAGGAACGGGGACGAUCUGGAUGUCCCAGCCUGCCGCCUCACCGCUGCAGAGAGGGCAGCUACCUCGGCCGAGGAGACCGACAUCGAUGCUGUGGAGCUGCCGCUGCCGGGGGCUGACAUCCUCGACUUCAGCCGCGGCGUCACCGACCUGGAUGCUGUGGGCAAGGAGGCGAGCGCCGAGGCCAAGGGCUGCCUCCACCCUGAGAACAUCCUGACCGCUUCGCCCAAGAUGCUGCUGCCCUCGUCCACCCCGCUGCCUGACCUGGGCACACCUCUGUCUGCCCACCACCAAAUGCAGCUCUUGCAGCAGCUCCUGCAGCAGCAGCAGCAGCAAACACAAGUGGCUGUGGCACAGGUCCACCUGCUGAAGGACCAGCUGACUGCGGAGGCAGCGGCUCGCCUGGAGGCACAGGCACGUGUGCACCAGCUCCUGCUCCAGAACAAGGACUUGCUGCAGCACAUCUCGCUCCUGGUCAAGCAGGUGCAGGAGCUGGAGUUGAAACUGGCGGGGAACAACACCACAGGCUCCCAGGACAGCCUGCUGGAGAUCACCUUCCGCUCCAGCGUCCUCCCCGUGCUCUGUGACCCGACAACCCCGCAGCCUGAGGACACCCACCUGCCGCAGCUGGGCCCCAGCUCAGGCUUCCCCAGCGCCCUGGGCAGCCCCAUAGGUAGGAACGACUGUCUGGUGAAGCUGGAGUGCUACCACUUCCUGCCAAGCUCAGGGUCGCAUGCCCCAGAGCCGGCACUGGGCAGCCUGGAGCUCCUCAAGUUCCGUGAGUCGGGCAUCGCCUCUGAGUAUGAGUCCAACACGGACGAGAGCGAGGAGCGCGACUCCUGGUCCCAGGAGGAACCGCCGCGCCUGCUCAAUGUCCAGCCCCAGCAGGACCUGGGUGACAGCCUGGAGGAUGAGAUCGCAGUGUAGGGGGAUGGCAAGAGGUGGCAGAGAGCAGCUGGGGCCCCCAGGGAUGGCAGAGGGAGUGUGGGGCUGGAUGGCAGCAGGGGCCGGAGCUAGGCAUGGCACGUGAUGCUGCCUUGCUGGCAGCUCCCUCCCUGGCUUGUGCUGUGCCCAGGACCCUGAUGCAGCCCACAACAGCUCCAGCUUCAGGGAGGUAGACGUGACGGUACUGCAGUGUUUCAGCUGGAGCAGGGCGCAGAUCCUCUUUCCCUGCUGCCAGUCAUCUUGUCCUGUCUCAGCCAGCCCUCAGCACCCUCAGCUUCAUACCAGGCUUGCACUGCUCCCUGGUCCCCGUGUCCUCCCAAAGCUGUAUUUUGAGAUCAGAAGCAAGGGAAGCAAAGAGCCCUCAGCAGCAUCGUGUCCAUGCAGGGCUCCUCAUACUGCUGGCAUUGCUGCCCAGCAAAUGUGCCAGGUUAGGAGCCACUGCUAGCAGUGUUACUGUAGGGGGGAGCAAUGAAGCUGGUGAAGGAUUCUGCUGGGGGAAUGAGAGAGCAGGUGUAGGGCAGGGACAGGAGGGCCACAAGAGGCAGCAAGAGUUGGUUUUCUGCAUGAUAGAGAUUGUGGAGAUGAGGCUGCAGCUAUGCUAUCAGAAUGAGAGACGGUGCACCAUCAAUGUGGGUGCAUGAGUGAGGGGUGAGGAAUACUGGGGGGUAGCUGGGGAAGGUGAGGGGGUAAGAGGAAGUUGCACAGAAUGGCCAGGCACGGGCAGCUCCUGGCAGGCACUGGGGUUUGUGUCACUGUGGGACAGAGCUGGUCCUUGCCUGAGGCAGACAAUGGGUGCUGUGCACUGCCUGCUCUUGUCCUGGUCUAUGAAGUGGAUGGGGAAGCACAAAUGGGCAUGGAGUGAGAGCCAGGGAGUGCAGUGCAGGGAGGGGGUGUCCUCCUUCUCUCAUUGCCUGCUCCUGGAGCUCUUUGGUACAGCUACCUGGUUUCAAAGCCUUUCUGGUGCUCUCAAGUCAUAUUUUCAAGCAAUUCCCUGCACCACUGCUACUGCCAGUUCCCUGCUUGGCUUUACAGAUGAACCAUCCCAUUUCCAUGCAGUUGCUUGCCCCCAGACCACUGCUGGCAAUGGCUGUGUGCACAGAUAGACUUGCACAACCCCUCCAUGGGAAGAAAGAUCUCCUUCCCUAGCUGCUGUGGGUACCAUGUACAUUUCCAUUCCCCAGAAGGAGUUAUUCUGCAGGGCGACUUGGUGGCUGUGUAGCCCAUCACCUGGCUGCAGUAACCCUGCUCCCAGGCAGGGUCUGGAUUCACAGUGGUUGCUUCAGGGUGCAUGCUGAGCCCAGGAUGGAGAAGGGGGCUCUGGACCCCUUUGGAAGGUGACACCAGUCGUGAGGAGCUGCUUGGAUCUGCCUGGUGCACAGCUUGGUGCCUGUACUCAGCUGGAAUGGGAGAGGUGGGCACUCCAGGAGGGGAGCUGCUGGGUGGCACAGGUGAGGAACAGCUGUGCAUGUGUGUGCCUUCAUGUGUCCAGUCUGCACCCUCCAGAAAAGCGAAUCCAGAAUGUUAGGAUCCCCCACCAGCCCCUAAGAGGCUGACAGAUGUCCUUGAGGGCCUCCAAAGGAGCCAGAGCUUCUUGUUCUGCAAGCACACUUAUCAGCUGCCCCCUGAUGCAGCUUCUAAGAGAACACAGCUGAAGGGGUAAAAACCAGAGCCCUGAUGUCCCCUCUGCUCCUUACAGAAACAUGGGGGGGCUGGAGAUUGGUAUGAUGGUCUUCCAUAUCUUCCACCCUCCUGUCCUGCUUCUGCUUUACUUUGUCGCUUGCCUGCCGUUUUCCCUUUUGCCAGCUGUCUCUGCUUGAUCUGCCUGCAUCUAACCCCUGGCUGUGUAUCUCCCAGACUCAAGUUCUUGCUCUACUCCAGUGCUUGACCCUGCUACUGAGGAAGGUCCAUGGUUUCCUUCUGCUCCAGUCCCCUCGGGGCUGAGGAGCAAGGUGUGGGUAGACCCCAGGGGGAGCAAGGGCUGAGUUGUGCACUGUCCAUCUAUGAGGAGGCUGGGCACUGCAGGUAGCAGAGCUGUCAGGAGCUAGAGAGUCCUAGUGGGAAGGAAGGAUGUGUCCUCUGCUGGAUCUUGUAUCAACACCAAGGGGUGUGUGGGGAACGUGGAGGUCAAAGGCAGCCUUGGCUGCAGUGACCCUGAGAUGGUGGAAUUCUUAAGACCCUUAUGUCAGGGAGGGGAGUGAAAAGUAAGCUAACAACCCUGAACUUCAGAAGAGCAGACUUUGGCCUCUUUUGGAUCUGCUGGAAGAACUCUUUGGAUUGAGGCCUUUGAGGGAAGGGGGGCCCAAUAAAGCUGACUGAUACUCAAGGAUCACCUCCUCCAAGCUCAAGAGUGGUCCAUUCCAUCAAUAAGAAUGUCAGACAAAAAUGGAUGAGCAAGGAGCUCCUGGUCAAACUGGGACACAAAAAGGAGGCAUAUGGAGAGUGGAAGCAAGUACGGACAACCUGGGAGGAAUAGAAACAUUGUCUGAGCAUCUCAGGAUGAAGCUAAGAAAGCUAAAGAGCAAAUGGAAUCAAAUCUGUCCAGGGAUGUCAAAGACAAGAAGGGCUUCUGUAAGUACAUUGGUGACAGAAGGAAGAGUGUGGGCUGUCUCUGAGCUGGUUAAAGCCUUUGAUGUUGUCUCCAAAAGAUCCUCAAGUUUUCAAUGUAUGGGAUGGAUGGGCAGACAGUGAGAUGGGUUAAAAACUGACCGAACAGCUGGGCCCAGAUGGUGGCAAUCAGCAGAGCAGUCUAGUUGGAGGCCAGCAGCUUGCAGUGUACCCUGGAGGUCAGUGGUGUUACAGUCCCGUGUAACCUCCGCACGAACCAUCUGGGUGAUGGGGCACCCUCAGCACGUCUGCAGAGGACAAACCUGAGAGCAGCGGCUGAUGAUCCACCAAAGGGCAGUGCUGCCAUCCAGAGGGACUGGAGAGGCGGGCUGGUGGGAACCUGCUGGAGCUGAGGGAGAAGCGCAGAGUCCCGGCCCUGGGAGGAACAAGGCCAGGCAUUGGGAUAUUCUGAAAAGCAGCCUUACAGUGAUGGAGCUGAUGGUCCUGGGGGACACCGAGCUAAGCUGAGGCAGCAGGUCAAGGCAAUCCUGCCUUUCUGCUCAGUGCUGGUGAGGCCAUGCUGGGAGCACUGUGUCCAGCGCUGGGCUCCCCGGUACAGGAGGCACACGGAGCUCCUGGAGGAGAGUCCAGUGAAGGGCUGUGGAAAUGGAGAAGGGACUGGAAUACCUUUGCUAUGAGGAGAGGCUGAGGGAGCUGGGACUGUUCCUUCUGAAGAACGUUCAGGGGGAGUUCGCUGAUGUGUUUAGAUACCUGAAGGGAGAGGUGCAAAGAGGACAGAGCCAGGCUUUUCUCAGGGGUGCCCAGGGAUGGGACAAGAGGCAAUGGGCACAAUUGGAACAAGAAGCCCUGUGUGAACACCAGGAAGCACUUGUGUGCUGUGAGGGUGGCUGAGCUCUGGCACAGGCUGCCCAGAGAGGCUGUGGAGUCUCUUUCUUGGAGAGUUUCAAAAGCUGCCUGGAUGCAGGCAUAGGCACCCUGCGCUGGGUGGCCCUGCUGGAACAGGAGUUGGACCAGAGGAUCUUCUAACCAUUCUGUGAUUGUUUCAAUGUGCCACCAGUAGACUGGGGUCCAGGGAAUCCCCCAGACUAGCUCCAGAGGGGACAGAGCAGGAGUGGGUGCAGUGCGUCUUGGAUAUUUCCUGCAGGCAGGGCUGAGCCUUGGGCUCGUGGUCAGCACUACCACAGGGAAUGCUGACCAGUGCCCCAGGGCUCAGGAGGUGCUGCAGCCUCCUGUGCCUCGCCAGAGCCAGGUGGGAGCCACCCAGUGCCGUGCUGCACCGCGGCAUCAUGUGUACAUGUAAGUGGUCCUCCUAACCCAGCACUGCCUACAAAAUGCCUCUCUAGCUUCUCACUUUUGUUAUGGACCUUGACCAGGGAUUUAUAGCUAUAUUUUUUGUCCUUUCUUUUCCUACAACUGUCGUGUUACUAACUGUUGACUCGGUCUAUCUGAGAAACCAAUCUGUCAAUGUAAGUGCACUUAACCCUUGGGUGUCGUCAUUAGUUGAUUGGCUUUUGCUAAAUAAAUCUUUCUAUUUCUCAA